AUGAAAAGAUUUAUUUCAACAACAAGUUUACGUGUUUUAUCAAAUUUAAAUAAAAACAAUAACAAUAACAACAAGUUUAACAAAUCAAUUGUUGGAGUAUUCAAUAGAGAAUUCUCAAGUUCAAAUGAAGGAUUAAAUAAAGUUAAUUUUGGUGAAAAUAAUAACUCAUCCACCACUGAACCAACUAAAGUAUUAUUUAACGAUUCACAAUUUUAUCAAGAGGAUAAAUAUCAAGGUAUUUCAAAAGAACCAUUUAGUAAAGAGAUUGUUGAUACUUUAUUAGCAGAUUUAAAUCCAGACGAUAUUGAAAUCAAACCAGAUGGUUUAAUUUAUUUACCAGAGAUCAAAUAUAGACGUAUUUUAAAUCAAGCAUUCGGACCAGGAGGUUGGGCAUUAAAACCAUUCGGACCACCAGUUGUCGAGGGUAAAACAUUGAUUAGACCUUAUGCACUCUAUUGUUUAGGUAGAUAUGUAGCCGAAUCCAUUGGUGAGCAACAAUACGUUCCAAAUUCAUUCAUUUCAUUUGCCACCGCCACUGAAUCUGCUAAAUCCAAUGCAUUGGUUCGUUGUUGUAAAGAUUUAGGUAUUGGCUCAAGUCUUUGGGAUCCAAUUUUCAUUCGUCAAUGGAAAUCUGAAUAUGCCACAGAGAGAUGGUGUGAAAAUUCAAAAACAAAAGAAAGACGUUUGUUUUGGUUCCUUUCAAAUCGUUCAGAAAAUCAACUUCCAUAUCCAUGGAAAGAAUCUGAUUUUAAUCAAGUACCAUCAAAUUCAUCAUAUUCAUCAUCAUCAUCAUCAAUAAAUAACAAUAGUAAUAGUAGUAAUAAUAAUAAUAAUAAUAGUGAUUCAUCAUCUUCAAUAAAUCAACCACAACAAGAAACAAUUUCAUAUCAUCAAGAUGAUUCAUCUUCACCAUCAUCAAAAAUUACAGAACAACAAGAUGAUUCAGAAGAUAUUGAUAUCGAUGAUGUAGUACCACCACAAUUAAAGAAAUAUGCAGGUAAAACAUGGAGACAACUUGUUGCUGAUCCAAAAGGUCUUAGUUAUUUACAAUGGGCUUCUUCAUCAUUCGAUAAUGCCCCCAAAAUUAAAAGUCAAGCAACUGCAAUUUUAGAAUUUAUCAAUAAAAGUCAAUAA